GGAUCUCAUGUCAGUGGCUCUGAUUCACCGUUCAGUGUCGCGAGAAAACAGGGCCCUCAAUUCUAUCAUACAGACGACGACGAGGCCACUUGUCAUUUAAAAGAUGCGCUUCGUGAUUUUUGCAUCGAUUUGUCUUGUUGCAUUAGUCGUAAAACGAGUAUCAUCUCAUGGAAGACUGAUAGAACCACCUUCAAGAGCAUCUAUGUGGAGAUAUGGUUUCGACACUCCGCACGAUUAUAAUGAUCACGAAUGCUAUUGCGGUGGUUUCACCAGACAGUGGCAACGAAAUAAAGGAAAAUGUGGAAUUUGCGGAGAUCCUUGGGAUUCCGCUACCCCACGUUUGCACGAAACUGGUGGGAAGUAUGGGAACGGGGUGAUCGUUCGAAGAUAUCGAACUGGUUCCGUUAUACCGGUUCGUGUCCAGUUAACAGCAAAUCAUUAUGGCUAUUUUGAAUUUCGCACGUGUCCGAUGAUUUACCGUGACAAGGAAGUCACUCAGGAAUGUUUGGACAAGUAUCUUCUAGUUGGAAAGAAUGGAACUGCAAGAUAUUAUCCAGGUCCUGGUAAUAAGAUUUUCGAAGGAUUUUAUAAAUUACCCGAAGGAUUGACUUGUAGACAAUGCGUUUUUCAAUGGAGAUACAUAGCUGGCAAUAAUUGGGGUGAUUGCGGAAAUGGCACAGGAGCUGUAGGUUGUGGACCACAAGAAGAAUUCCGAGCAUGUGCUGAUAUCGCUAUCGGUGACAAUGAAACUCUAUCAUUGCCAGAUCUUCCAAAAGUGCCAACAGAAAGUACACCUACGGACACAUCAUCAACUAUGGAACCAACUUCUAUACCAAUAUCAGCACCUUCUUGGUUGUUCAGUAUUAUCAUUGCUGGUACGUGUCUAUUGGUGGUGCUGGCUGCUAUGGCACUGCUUUACACGUACUAUUACCACGCUGGUAGAGCCAAAAAAUGGCUAUUGCAAAGAAGACUUUUGACACCAGACGACACCAAAAAUCCACCCGUGGCUCCGCCAAGACACAAGAAAUGUCACAUAUCAUCUAAUGCACAAUUACAAAUGUAAUAUACAACGGUCAUUCGUUUGAGGAAAAAUAUCAACAAAUUGUACUCACUGCAAAUUAUUAUAUUUCUGUCAUUAUUAUUAUUAUUAUUCGUUUAAACUAUUUGUUCAGGAAUGUUCUUGAGUGAUUUUUUGUAAGUACUUACGCUCGUGUGCGUGCGUGCGUGCGUGUGUGUGAUUGAACGAUUUUUCAAAUUUAGAUAAAUAAUUUUUCUAAUUUUAC